AUGGACAGUCUUCUGAGGGGAGACCCAGAUUCUUUACGACAACAAUCUUGUGCUGUCGAUCGAUCAAGGUCUGCAAUCAUGGCUCCUGCAGCACAACGGGUUGUCAUCAUUGGUGCUGGUAUCGUUGGAACAAAUCUUGCCGAUGAAUUGCUCCAGCGAGGAUGGAGAAACAUUACUGUUGUCGAGCAAGGGCCACUCAGCAUGCCCGGCGGAUCGACAUCUCACGCACCUGGCCUUGUCUUCCAAACCAAUGGCUCAAAGACAAUGAGCAAGCUAGCAGGCUACACUGUCGAAAAGCUGCUUUCCCUCGACUGCUUCAAUCAGGUCGGCGGUCUGGAAGUGGCGACCACUGCAGAGCGCAUGCAAGAAUUGAAGCGCAAGCACGGACUGGCAUCUUCAUGGGGCAUCAAUGCUCGUCUGAUCAGCACGGACGAGUGUUGCCAGAGAUAUCCCCUGCUAAACCGUGAUCUCGUACUGGGUGGUCUGCAUAUUCCAAGUGAUGGCUUGGCACUGGCGGCGAAAGCUGUGCAGCAAUUGAUCCAUCGUACUCGCAAACAAGGCGUGUUAUACCUUGAGCACACACCAGUUACUGGCAUCUCGCGUUCCAACGGACAAGUCACUGGAGUUGAGACACCACAUACCACAAUUCCUGCGGAUAUCGCCAUUUCUUGCGCAGGCUUCUGGGGCGUGGAGGUUGGAAAGCUGGUUGGUUUGCCUGUGCCAUUACUUCCACUAGCACAUCAGUACGCCAAAACAACCAAAGUCCCGGCGCUUUCUGGCCGAGGCAACCCGCCCAAUGGUGCGCAGCUUCCCAUACUACGGCAUCAAGAUCGAGACUUGUAUUACCGCGAGCAUGGAGAGCAGUACGGCAUUGGCUACUAUGGGCACCGUCCAAUCCCUGUCAACGCUGCGGACUUGGGGCUGACGCCGAAGACCGUCGACGAAAGGAACAUGCCAUCUCGUCUGCAGUUCACGCCUGAGGACUUUGAACCUGCCUGGAAGGAGACACAAAACCUCCUCCCGGCACUUCAAGAGACAUCCAUUGCUGAUGGCUUCAACGGCAUCUUCUCGUUCACUCCAGACGGCGGGCCCAUCGUCGGACAACACCCUACGCUGGACGGCUUCUGGGUUGCAGAAGCAGUCUGGGUGACUCACUCCGCUGGUGUAGCACGAGCGGUGGCCGAAGUCCUGACCACGGGACACUCCACAAUCGACAUUGCAGAGUGCGAUAUUUCGCGCUUUGAGGAAGUUCAAACAGCACCAGACUAUGUCAGCGAAACAUCGCAACAGAACUUCGUGGAGAUCUACGACAUCAUACAUCCCCUCGCACCGAAGAAGUCGCCUCGCAGUUUGAGGGUCAGUCCUUUCCAUGCACGUCAACGCGAGCUUGGCGCCUUCUUCUUGGAGUCUGGCGCGUGGGAACGACCACAUUGGUAUCAGGCAAACGAGGUUGCACUGACUCACACGCCUGCAAAGUGGCAACCGGUCGAACGAGAUGCUUGGUCGGCGCAGUUCUAUUCUCCUGUGACAGCUGCUGAGGCGUACAAGACACGUAACGCAGCUGCCAUGUACGACUUGACUCCACUGAAGCAGCUGGCGGUCUCGGGUCCAGGCGCAGAACAACUUCUUCAGCGGGUCUGCACAGCUGAUGUCUCUGCACCACCUGGCAAGAUCACCUAUGGCUUGAUGCUAGACGCAUACGGCGGCAUUCGCAGCGAUGUGACGAUUGCUAGACUUGGGGCCGACCUCUUCCAAGUCCGUGUCAACAAUACUGUCGACCUGGCAUGUCUGACGAGGGAGUCCAAGAAGCUUACGAAGAGCGGUCCGACCAGCUGGAGCCAGAUACGCGAUGUGACGGGUGCUGCUUGCUGCAUCGGUCUUUACGGCCCACGUGCGCAAGAUGUUGUCGAUGCUGCUGGAGGUCAAGCUUUCUCCGAUCAUGCCUUGCCAUAUAUGCAUGUUCAAAGGACGAGUAUUGCUGGCAUCCCAGUGGUAGCUCAAAGACUGUCCUACGUUGGCGAGGACGGCUGGGAGAUCUACACUAGUGCCGAAAAUGGCCAGCGACUGUGGGAUGUGCUUUUCCAAAAAGGUCAGCCACAUGGCUUGAUAACUGCCGGCCGUGCUGCUUUGAACGCGCUGCGUAUUGAGAACGGAUAUCGCGACUGGGGCGUCGACAUGACUACGGAACACAACCCAUAUGAAGCUGGCGUCGCAUGGGCUGUCGAUACUACCAAGCAGUUUGUGGGACUUGCAGCGCUGCAAGCUCGUGCGCGCGAGCCAACUAAACAACGACUCCGGACGAUCACUGUUGACGACGGCAAGUCGGUGGUACUCGGCAAAGAGCCUGUCUUCCAUAACGGAAAGGUCGCCGGCUACAUCACGAGCGCUGCAUUCGGUUACACCAUUCGCAAACCGAUUGCUUUUGCCUACUUGCCAACAUCUGUGACAGUUGGUGAGAAAGUCGAAAUCGAGUACUUUGGUCGAAAGAUCAGAGCUACAGUCGCUCCCACGCCAGUCGUGAAACUUCCUUUUGGCAGACGACACGACAACGAAAGUUCAGCCAGGUCGCCAACAACAGGUUCAGCGUCGAGGAGUUCAACAUCAUUUGGCGGCGCGGAAGUGUAUGCCAGAGCCAAGCUGUAA